AUGCAUUUCUUCUCCAAAAUCACACUCGCCAGCUUCGCCAUCUCAGCCCUUGCUCACCCAGGCGAGCACCACGAACACAACGAAGCCGCUGAGCUCAGUAAACGCGAAUUCAAAACCCAUGCUCGACGCGGCCUCGCAGCAUGCGCCGAGAAGCUUCAGGCUCGAGGAGGUGUCAUGGAACGCGCGGCAGCCCGUCGAGCCGCCACUGUAGCCAAGCAUCGCCAGGCUCGCGGUCUUGCGGUUCGGGACACUGAUUCUGUACUCAACACCUCCCAUCUCUCUUCUGAAGAAUACACCCCCAAUACUCCAGCGAACAUCAUAUUCGCUAGUAACAAGACCUGUAUCUUGAACCCCGAGGGCGAGGUAGGCCCCUAUUGGGUUCCGGGCGAGUACAUUCGGACGAAUGUCCGCGACAACCAACCCGGUGUCCCGAUCGUCCUCGAAGGUCAAUUCAUCGACGUCGAAACAUGCGAAACGAUUCCAGAUCUCUACUGGGACGUUUGGAAUUGCAAUUCGACAGGUGUAUACUCCGGCCUCGUGGCCAACGGCAACGGUAACUCGGCGGAUACUUCAAACUACAACGCAACCUUUCUCCGCGGUCUGCAAAAAACAGAUGCCGACGGAGUCGUAACCUUUGAAUCCAUCUUCCCUCGUCAUUAUUCCGGGCGCACGACACAUCACCACAUGGUCGCCCAUCUAAACGCUACGGUCCUUCCUAACAACACCCUCACGGGGGGCACAGCUGCCCAUGUUGGACAGAUCUUCUGGGACCAGGAUCUCAUUAAUGCGGUCGAAGCUACGGCUCCUUACAACACAAACAACGUGACCCUUACCACGAACGCAGACGACCAUGUCUUCCUUGCCGAAACCGAGGACAGCGAUUCGGACCCAGUGCUGGAAUAUGUAUACUUAGGUAAUGACCUCUCUGACGGUCUCUUUGGCUGGAUCACGAUUGCGGUCAACGUCUCAGCGACGUACGAUCCUUCCUAUAGCUUUGUUUAUACUGCAAGCGGAGGCGUCGCGCAGAGUGGAGGCAGCGACUCUGGUAAUGGUGCAGGAGGGAAUGGUACCAUGCCAAGUGGUGCACCGCCUUCUGGCACGGCUAUUCCAAGCGGGGUUCCGAAGAGGUGACGGGCUUAGGAAGAGAAGCUAGAUGGCUAGGUUUGCGCGAGGAGAUUCGGUGGGUUUGGUGCUUGUUGCUUGUUGGGUUUGGGAGGCAUAGUUGGCUUCCACCCAUUCACUUGAUUUGAAUGUGG